UGCCAAGUGCCAACAACCAUUCGCGCGGCGGCUUCGCCCCCGAUAACGUGCUGUCGCGUCCCGUAAUAAACCGACAUCCGAAAAAGUUUCCCCCAACUUAAAACUUGUGGUCCAUCACUGAAAUACUAACUCAAAUGUUUGAACAACUUUAGUGCGGUGUUUCCGAGUGAGAAAAAUCGUCAGAGUGCAAUAGUGAAGUGUUUGUAAUUUUUUUGCAAUCUCAAUUUACCGUUUCAAUUGAACGUUACUGUUUUGUUGAACAAAAAGCGCGUAAUAGCGUGUCGUGAACGCAAGAGAGGGCCGUAUAUGGUUAAGUUGAUUCUUCGGGCUGGCGUCCACCGGUGAAAGUAGACCUUUGUUGAGUUCAUAAGGACACGGGCCGAUUGCAACUAGCUCGAAACGACUCGUUUCACGUAUAGUUGCGAGAGGAAGGUCGCGUGGGGGUCGCCGGUAACCAUGGCUGCCGGCGUGGAAACAAUCCCCUGAGCCAGCGGGCAGUGCGGAUGUCGGGCGGAGGCGGCGGCGCGGGGCUGAUGUCGUGCGUGCGCGAAGGCUCCCUCGAGCCGCCCUACCGACCGCCGCACGCCGAGACCAAUACCCAUGGCGAAGGCCGUACAGGUCGGUUCCUGCGCGGGCUGCGGCGCAUGUUCAAGCGGCGCCCGCGCGCGGACACCUCGCCCGACCCCAAGAGCAGCUCCACGAGCGAGCUGCUCGACGCCGAGCGGCAUACGAGGAGGAAAGAGGGAGCAUACGGCAGUGGUCUGUCCGUGUCACACGACUCCGUGUUCACGGGCGAGCGAUCGGGCGACGAGUCGAGCGACGAGCGACCCACGCCGGCGCACGGGCUUGCUCGCGUCGCUUCGUCGCAUCGGGCGGAGCUAGUAGCGGCGGUGCGGCGGCGCGGUCGAGGUGACAGCGAUGAUGACGAGGACUUGGGGCUGCCGCGCAGUCCGCCGGCUUCCCCGCCCACCGACAAGGCUGAUAAGCGUCACCAUGCCGGCAUAUCGCAGUCGUCCUGCAGCGACGGCUCGCUGCUCAGCGUGGGCUCGUCGGAGAUGGACGACGACAGCAGCAGCAGCCACCAGCACGACCAGUCGCGGAGUGACCACUCCGAUAUCUAUAACUCAUCGGAGCCGCCGCCGGGCGUGGCGCCGCUGUCGCACUCGGCAGCGCGCCACAAGAUGGCGGUGCGACCACGCCGCACGCACGGCGCGCCGAGACGGAAGAAAGCCAACCCUAUUGCCGCGUCAGCCUUGCCGAUAACCCCCGAGCUGAACGAAGAAAUGAUACGAAGCACUACUCCUGAAGUCGCCUUUAAAACCUCAGAAGUUGUUACUGAAUCAUUCUCUUCAUCGACCACUACGAAGCAUCAUAUGAUCGUUAAAGAGCAACACCAUCAGCAACUGAACCGAGAGUUACAGAAAGUUCUCGACACUCCAAGCGAUACUAAACUCAAAUCUUCCUCCCUACCCCCUGGACUAGCGUUGAGCCAAGUUGUCGGGCAGUCUCCGACCAAACUGAGCAUUGCAGAGUCCAACACACCCAGGUCUUCCAUCAAACGAAGCAAAUCAAGUACUCAAGACCAACCGCUCAGAGAAAGUUCACCAAAAAUACAAACAAGCGAGGCUCACACGUACCAAUCGGAGGAGAGGAUUUCAAAGUGUCGCUCUGACAAGAAGUAUGCCGAAGAAACUUGCCUUGAAAAGAAAUCUAAGUCAGAAAAGAAACUCGAGAACGAAGUCAUAAGAUCUUCAAAGAAAGAGGAGUCGUUUUUCAGUAGACUACUGCUGAGAAAGAGUGGAAAGAAGUCCAAGAAGGAUCAGACGGAUGGAGAGGGCCAACAAGAUGUCAAGAAAACGAAAAUGGAGAAGUCCACAGCACAAUACAAGGCUGUAGACACAGAGAGGAGUUCAGGGUUUUACUACGGAGAUCAAAGCCAGGGCUACAAGCCAGUCCCCGCUGAGCGCUCGUACAAAUCUGCCGGCCAGAAAGUCUUCGCCAAUCAAAUGCACAAGAGAAUAGAUAAUAAAGGUGCUUACGUUCACGACGGAGCAUACAAAGACGUGUACAGUGCUGCCAAAGUUGCCGGUGUCGAAUAUAGCAUAACUGAUCUCAAAGUUGCCGAAGAAACAGACAAAAUGUUGAAUUUGGAAAUGAAAAAUAGAUUUAGCAGACGCGAAGAUUACAGCGAAAGAGUAGAGAGAACCAAGCGUUCCUCCUCAAAGGAAGUCAUUGAUGAAAAUAAGAGAGAAUCUUUUAGUUUGCAUCAUGACAAAUCUAAAAGACCCAUCUCAGUUCAGAGGCUGAUUGACCCAUUUGCGACAAAAGCAUUUUUAGCUGAUGAAUUAGCAAGCAGAACUCAGGAGGAAAGUUUAUCCGCCACUUUCGAAGUUUCUGACGAAGAACCUCCUGUAAGAGGAAUGAGAAUCAAAAAUGUCAAUAAUGAUUACGUCUUUCACAGUGGAAGUAUGCCUAAAAAUAUUCCUUACUUCAAUCCUAGUGUAAUGAUGUCUUCUUCUCCCACCAAGAAUAUUACUCAUAGUUCCGAAAACAUGAAGUAUAUGAGCAGAUCCUCAGAAGCGACCGAUUUUCGGGAAAAAGAAAUUGUGGCUAAACGCGACACUGUCCAUCAUCUUGGUAAAACUGAAGAAUCUUACGUUACCUCUGGACUGAGAUCUUUGGGAGAGGAAUACGUUGAAUCAAGAAGCAGUCUAGGCAAAUCCCACAGUUUUAGAUAUGCGUCUGAAUCGCCUUCAAUUAGCUCCCAAGAAAAUCAGAUGCCCAGUCUUCCGGCAAUAGUUGGCAUUUCAGAACCUUUGCUUGAAAGCUGGGAAGUGAAUUAUAGAAGGAACGUAAGCGAAAGACACGAUUAUGCUAAGAGAAUUUCUGCUAGAAACUAUAGUUUGCUUCAAAGCAACUCUGAAGUAAAUUACGAUAGCUUGCCGAGCACUGAUAGCAGUUACCUUGACAGCCUGAAGCCCGACCUGAGUGAAGAAAGAAAACUGUUCACAAACAGCAUUCAAAUCACAAUGGACACACACAAACGCGAUAGUGACAUUUCUCAGAUAGAGGCUAAAAUCGAUGAUAUUAUUAGUUCGCCUAAACCUAUUAUGUCUCCAAUACUCAAAUCUAGUUCUUUAGAUAGUGUAAAAAGUAGCCCAGAAAAACCCAUCGAUGACAGACGUAAAACUAUCUCUGUUGAAAGCGCACUAGGCCAGUCUAAAACUAACCACCACAAAGGCCAUAAAGUGGAUUCCGAAAGUUUCAUAUCUGUCACACAUAUAAACAAGGAUCAAACACCGGUUGCAACAAUUAAAACUGUAGAACCCUUAAAAAUAAGUAAAAGUGAUGAAAAAGUUCAGAAAUCUGGGACUACUAAGCCAGGUGUCCCUGAAUUUUUAAACAUACAGUUGAAUAAAGUGGAUUCAAAGCCAGUUACUAAUGUAGUUUUAACUGCUAAUGUAACACCAAAGAAAACUGACAGUCCUCAAGCAGAAAAAGAAGAAAAUAUUGAAUGUUUUCUUGUCACAGAAACAAAGUCCACACAAGACAUCCAAACCAGAAAGGAUUCUUUUAAAAAAACUGAGGCUGUCGAUAGCACUCAAUCUGAAGAAAAAGUUACGGUUGUCACUCCAAAAACAGCAGUGACUAAUACGGGCAAUAUUACUCCUAGUCAAAGCCCUUUGACUCCCAAACAUUUUUUCAAAAAGAAAUCAUUCAGCGUCGACGCUCAAGAUCGGCCUGAAAAAUCUAGAACUAGCUCAGUCAGUACGGAAGGUAGCACUGAAAAAAUAGAUGAUAACAUAUCUAUUGAUCAAAAAUCGCGUUCCAGUUUUGGUAGCAAAAGCUCAAUUCAAAGUACCGAUAGUAACGAAAACAAAACCCCAGACAGACAUGAGGAGACUGUUAUUUUUAGGAAAAAACGCGUGAUUGGUAAAGAAUCUCGAGGCGAUAGAAAAAAUGAUGAUGAACCAGAGCUAAUGAAAGUUUUCGCUCGACGGUCUCUGAAGCUCAAAGAUUCUGAGGCUGAUCAUAUAGCACACGAAAUCGCUGAAGCUAAUGCAAUAGCGGCAAGGUCGAAGCUAUUGAAAAAUGAAUUCAAUGCGUCUAUUAAAUCUAGAGACAGUGACAAAGAAAAUGAAGAGAAUAAGGAACAAAGUGCGGAGAACAAAUUAGUUGAUAUCGCAGCGAGAGUCAGUCAGUUCGGAAGUCAUUACCAAAGGAGCGUAAGCAUUAACGGUGUCAGUACUAAAAGGGACAGUGCACCAGUAUUCAGAAAUGAAGUCAAUAAAUAUAAGAAAGAAGUAUCAGAUUCCACACCUGAAAAGAGAUUAAGAAAUAGAACCUUCCCCGAUUCAGCAAACGAUAGAGAAGAUAUCAAGAGCAUAACAGCUAAAAGUGAAGCGAUGGCUUACAAAGCAGAUACGUUAUCAAAGCGGCCUUGGCAAAGAAAGGAUGACUUUAGACAGUCGUUAGAAAAGGAAAAGCGUGAAAGUUCUGUGAUAGAAAAGGACGGAGAUAACGAAAAGAUUGAAAGUGCGAAAGAGAAGGCCGUAGAGGAAGCGGAUGCGUCCCCUCAGUUCAAAGGCAUUUUGCAAAUGAGGGCCGAGUGGGAGCGGCGCGCGAAACAGGGGAUGACCAAAUAAACAAGGUGCUAAGCGUAACAUUGCAAGUUGCAACGCAGUUCCAAUUAAGUUGCAUUUUGUAUAAAUAAAAUAUAAAACACAUUUUAGGUAAUAAGACAAAUUAACUUCUGUUUUAGCUGAUUGUCGUUGUAAAAUUGAUAGAAGCAAAGCUGGUGAACUACCUUUUCAAAGGGCCUAUAAUUAGAAGAACACUUUUAUAUAAAAACUUCAAGAUCAUGCACACAAAAUUUAAAAUGUGGUUCAGUAUAAAAAAUAAUUUGAACAAAUAGUUCACUAGUUCUAACCGCUGAAACUAAUAAUGAAACUAUCUGUAACUAAACAACGGUGUUAUUUGUCAAAAAUGAUAUAGUUUUUGACAACAGCGUUUCUAAAUAACUCAUCGACAGAUUAGAGAGAGAUUGAUUAUUAAUUUCGGCGUUAAGACCACAAAUGGAAUUGUAUUUAAAAAGAAUUGCUUGAUGCAAUAUUGUUUAUUGUUGGAAAAUAGUAUUGUGAUGAAAUUAAAAUCUAAUAUAGAAGAUUUAACUCAAUAAUAUGAAGUAUAGAAAUAGAUAGGUAUAGCCAAAAAAGAUGUUUUUGUAAAGGUUGCAUUUAUCACAGGUUUUUCUGACGAUAUCACUGUCUUUUUAGACUUAACCUUAGACGAGUAAAUUUCAUUUAUUUCAAAAAUAAUAUUAAAUGUAAAUUAACUGGACGGAGAAAUUUGAAUGUAAAAUAAUUAUGCAUUUUAUAGGGUUUAGAUCCACUCGCAAGAUGCAUUUCAUUAAUAAAUAAAACCUAACGAGACAAACAUACAUAAUUAAGAUAAAAUAUUAUUAAAUAUUUUUCUUUCAACACAUUUACUGUGUCCAGUUUAUUUAAAUGGAGAAUAAUAAAUUUGCAUUUUCAUUUUAAAUGAAGUGCUAGAUAAAAUUAAAUGAAGUUAUAAAUUAGUAGCGAAAGAGAAAAAUAAAUGAAAGUAUAUUUUCAUAAUCCCACAAUAAGGAUAUUGCUGUAUACAACUGCGUAAUAAAAGUAAUAAGUACAUAUAGGUUCAUUUAUUAAUAUUUAAGUAGAUUUCAAAAAUAUUCUCAGAAUAACGUUAUAUAUAUAAUUAUAUAAAUAUAAAAUUUAAGAAUAGCUAACGUUCGUUGUUAAGACAAGUGUAUUUUUGAGUGUUAUUGCAAUGAUAUAGCGAUAGUUAUAUUUUAUUAAAGACUACAUUAUGUAUUAAACAUUUCUGAACUGUGAAAUACAAAUUUUAUUGCUAUAGUU